AGAGAGAGAGAGCGAGCUCUGCUGAUGUGCAGACAGCUACACCGGGUACUUUGACACUGAGCGUCCUGUGAAUUCGCAUCCUUUCUGUAUUUCCAAAGGAAACAGCCAUCUGGAAGGCUUUGCCUGUCCAUUCAUUUCCUUUUUUAUGUGAACAUUUCUACCGAUUUCCUUUCCCUCCAUCUUUCGAAGAAACGCUCUCACAAUUGCUUUGUAAUCCGUCGAUUCUCGUCUCGUCUGCAGUUGCACACCAAACAGGAGCACCGGCUUUCUUUGUGAUCUCCUAUCCAUUUUGUCGGAAAUAAUCCGCUAGCCUAACCACUCCAGAGAAACAAAAUGUUGGACCCUUCGUCCAGUGAAGAGGAAUCAGAUGAGACCGUGGAAGUAGAAAGCAAAGAAGUGAUGGCCCCUCAGGCCGGAGCUCGCCUGUCCCCGAGCCGGACUAGCGAGAGCUCCGGCGGGUUGCAGCCCAGCAGUCGGAGCAGCAGCGUCCGGCCGUCGAGCCCCAGCCCCUCAGUGGUGAGUGAAAAAGAAAAAGAAGAAAUGGAGAAAUUGCAAAAGGAAGAAGAAGAGCGAAAGAAGAAAUUACAAUUGUAUGUCUUUGUGAUGAGAUGUAUUGCCUACCCUUUUAAUGCUAAGCAGCCGACAGACAUGGCGAGGAGGCAGCAAAAGAUAAGCAAGCAACAACUGCAGACUGUUAAAGAUCGAUUUCAAGCCUUUCUCAAUGGAGAAACCCAGAUUGUAGCAGAUGAAGCCUUUAUCAAUGCUGUACAAAGUUAUUACGAGGUAUUUCUGAAAAGUGACCGGGUUUCCCGGAUGGUGCAAAGUGGAGGCUGCUCUGCCAAUGACUCGAGGGAAGUGUUCAAAAAGCACAUCGAGAAGAGGGUGCGCAGCUUACCGGAAAUUGAUGGGCUCAGCAAGGAGACAGUGCUCAGUUCAUGGAUGGCCAAAUUCGAUGCAAUUUACAGGGGUGAGGAAGACCCUCGGAAACAGCAGACCCGAAUGACAGCAAGUGCCGCCUCAGAACUCAUCCUUAGCAAGGAGCAGCUCUACGAGAUGUUCCAGCAGAUUCUAGGAAUUAAAAAGUUUGAACACCAGCUUCUAUAUAACGCCUGCCAACUGGAUAAUCCUGAUGAACAAGCGGCCCAAAUUAGAAGAGAACUAGAUGGACGUCUCCAGAUGGCUGACCAGAUCGCAAGAGAGCGCAAGUUUCCCAAGUUUGUGUCAAAGGAAAUGGAGAACAUGUACAUCGAGGAGCUAAAGUCCUCUGUGAAUUUACUCAUGGCAAACCUGGAAAGCAUGCCUGUGUCCAAAGGUGGUUCCGAGUUUAAGUUACAGAAAUUGAAACGCAGCCACAACACAUCCAUCAUCGAUAUGGGGGAGGAGAACGAAAACCAGCUCUCUAAAUCAGAUGUGGUGCUGUCCUUCUCACUCGAGGUAGUCAUUAUGGAAGUUCAAGGUUUAAAAUCUCUGGCUCCCAAUCGGAUUGUUUACUGCACCAUGGAAGUCGAAGGAGGGGAAAAACUGCAAACCGACCAGGCAGAGGCUUCCAAGCCCAUGUGGGGGACUCAAGGUGAUUUUACUACGACACAUCCACUUCCUGCUGUGAAAGUGAAACUGUUUACAGAGAGCACUGGUGUUCUGGCAUUGGAAGACAAAGAGCUUGGGAGAGUUGUCUUACAUCCAACACCAAACAGUCCAAAACAAGCAGAAUUACACAAAAUGACAGUUUACAAAAAUUGCCCAGAUCAAGACCUCAAAAUCAAGCUUGCCAUUCGAAUGGACAAACCCCAGAAUAUGAAGCACUCCGGAUACCUAUGGGCAAUUGGUAAAAAUGUGUGGAAGAGAUGGAAGAAGAGAUUUUUUGUUCUUGUUCAGGUCAGCCAGUAUACAUUUGCUAUGUGCAGUUACAGAGAAAAGAAAGCAGAGCCACAGGAACUGCUGCAGCUUGACGGGUAUACAGUGGAUUACACAGAUCCGCAGCCAGGUUUGGAUGGUGGCAGAGCCUUCUUUAAUGCUGUCAAAGAGGGUGACACGGUGAUUUUUGCUAGUGAUGACGAGCAAGACCGCAUUCUUUGGGUCCAAGCAAUGUACCGUGCCACAGGCCAGUCCCAUAAACCUGUACCACCUACCCAGGUCCAAAAACUGAAUGCUAAAGGAGGAAAUGUUCCUCAGCUAGAUGCACCCAUUUCACAGUUUUCUGGACUCAAGGAUGCAGACAGAGCUCAAAAGCAUGGAAUGGAUGAAUUUAUCUCAGCUAACCCUUGUAACUUUGACCACGCAUCGCUUUUCGAGAUGCUACAGACUCUUACCUUGGACCACAGGCUUAACGACUCCUACUCUUGUCUGGGGUGGUUCAGUCCAGGACAGGUUUUUGUCCUUGAUGAAUAUUGUGCUCGCAAUGGAGUCCGAGGUUGUCAUAGACAUCUCUGCUACCUGAAUGAUUUAUUGCAACGGGCAGAAAAUGGUGCAAUGAUAGACCCCACUUUACUUCAUUAUAGCUUUGCAUUUUGUGCAUCUCACGUGCAUGGAAACAGGCCUGAUGGAAUAGGAACAGUAACAGUAGAAGAGAAAGAACGAUUUGAGGAGAUCAAAGAACGGUUACGGUUACUUCUUGAGAACCAAAUCACACAUUUCAGGUACUGCUUCCCAUUUGGUCGACCAGAGGGAGCAUUAAAAGCCACAUUAUCAUUACUAGAAAGGGUUUUAAUGAAGGAUAUAGUAACACCUGUACCACAAGAAGAAGUGAAGGCUGUAAUUCGUAAAUGCCUGGAGCAGGCAGCACUGGUCAAUUACACUCGACUUUCUGAGUAUGCCAAAGUUGAAGGGAAAAAGAGAGAAAUGUAUGAACAUCCUGUCUUCUGCUUGGCCUCUCAAGUGAUGGAUUUAACCAUUCAAAAUCAAAAGGAUCCAGAAAAUGUAGGCCGCUUAGUCACGCCUGCCAAAAAAUUAGAAGAUACCAUUCGACUUGCUGAGCUGGUCAUAGAAGUCUUGCAGCAAAAUGAAGAGCACCAUGCAGAGGGAAAAGAGGCAUUUGCCUGGUGGUCGGACUUGAUGGUAGAACAUGCUGAGACCUUCCUGGCUUUGUUUGCGGUGGACAUGGAUGCAGCUUUAGAAGUUCAACCUCCUGACACGUGGGACAGCUUUCCACUCUUCCAACUGUUAAAUGAUUCCCUUAGAAGCGAUUAUAAUUUGUGCAAUGGAAAGUUCCACAAACAUCUUCAAGAUCUCUUUGCUCCACUUGUGGUUAGAUAUGUCGACCUGAUGGAGUCUUCAAUUGCGCAAUCAAUUCAUAGGGGCUUUGAGCGGGAAUCGUGGGAGCCUGUAAAGAGUUUAACAAGUAAUCUGCCCAAUGUGAAUCUACCAAAUGUGAAUCUCCCUAAAGUUCCAAAUCUACCAGUUAACCUCCCACAAAUGCCUAGCUUUUCUACUCCGUCAUGGAUGGCAGCUAUUUAUGACUCUGACAAUGGAUCAGGUACUUCAGAAGACCUCUUCUGGAAGCUGGAUGCCUUACAGACAUUUAUCCGGGAUCUUCACUGGCCAGAAGAAGAGUUCGGGAAGCACCUAGAGCAGCGGUUGAAACUUAUGUCUAGUGAUAUGAUAGAGUCAUGUGUUAAAAGAACAAGAAUUGCAUUUGAAGCAAAGCUUCAGAAAACUAGCCGAUCAACAGAUUUCCGUGUUCCACAAUCAAUAUGCACAAUGUUUAAUGUGAUGGUGGAUGCCAAGGCUCAGUCUGCAAAGCUAUGCAGUAUGGAAAUGGGUCAAGAGAGACAAUAUCAUUCUCAGAUAGAUAAUCUCAUUGAAGAAACGGUAAAAGAAAUGAUAACCCUUUUGGUAGCAAAGUUUGCUACUAUUCUGGAAGGAGUCCUUGCAAAGUUGUCAAGAUACGACGAAGGAACACUGUUUUCUUCAUUCCUAUCUUUUACAGUGAAAGCUGCCUCAAAAUAUGUGGAUGUACCUAAACCUGGGAUGGAUGUUGCUGAUGCCUAUGUGACCUUCGUCCGCCAUUCUCAGGAUAUUCUCCGUGAUAAGGUCAAUGAGGAGAUUUAUAUAGAAAGAUUAUUUGAUCAAUGGUAUACCAGCUCAAUGAAUCUUAUUGGCACAUGGCUGACAGACCGAAUGGACCUGCAACUUCACAUUUAUCAACUGAAAAUUCUUAUCAGGAUUGUAAAGAAAAAAUACAGGGAUUUCCGGCUACAGGGAGUUCUCGACUCGACCUUAAACAGCAAGAUGUAUGACACCGUUCGUAACAGACUGACACUGGAGGAGGCCACGGCCUCUGUGAGCGAAGGAGGUGGCCUCCAAGGAAUAACAAUGAAGGACAGUGACGAAGAAGACGAGGAGGACGACUAGAUCACAAGUCCUGACGCCCCACCUUUGACUUAGUAUGGUUACCAAUGCAUGUACCAACUCUGUUGUUCAGUUAGCCACUUUAGCAAAUUUCUGUCAGCUCUAAAAAUGCCCAUGAUGGUAAUGUAAGAAGAAAAAAAAACAAGAAAAAUGACAUUUUAGCUGUGUGAUGACAAAGUUAGCACCAAACUCUGACUCAUUGAUUUCGAACUUCAUUUCUGUAUGUUUCCAAGCAAUAUGGAGUACCAUUUGUUUGACGAUGUUCAGUGAGAUAUUAGGAAUACUGCUAGGUGUGUCCCUGUUAAAUGCAAACCUAUAUGGAGCUUCAAACACAUUCUGUACAUAUUUUGAUGGAUCUUUGUUGUGAAGACGAGUGACUAGGCUCUUAUUUGUUACAUUCAUUUCUUACGUGGAUGCCAUUCAACAAAAAUACUAAGAAGGCCCUUUGACAAUAAAAGAGAACACAUUUUCAGUUUUUAUUUUUUUUAAUAGCUUGUUCAUUUUUAGAUUGAGUAUUCCGGUUGGCCUGACUCCGUUUUUUUCACCCAGACCACCAAAAGCCAAGACUUUUCUUUAAAUGGGUUGGUAUUUUAGAAACGAAAUGUCCUUGUUGCUUCAUUCUGUCCGAGACGAGUGGAGCUGCUUUCCUUUUUACACGACGCUUUUCAGUCACCCCGAGUUAAGAUCACCGUAACAAGAAACAGAAGAAGAAGAAAUAAUAAAAAAAGACUCCUUCCUCAAUGUCGUUUUAACCAUUCCAGGAAAAAAAAACCCAAUGUGUUUAUAAUCUUUGUGUUCCAAUUGCAUAAAAUGUCAGGUAUUCUUUUUGUUUCCCUGUUGUUUUGUAUAUAUGACGCUGUACAUUGCAUUUGGAGCAUUAGCUGCAUGUCCUUGGGCUUAGACCUUCUCCUGAAGCUUUGAUUUCUGUGUCAUGUAGCUGGUGAAUUCAUCUCGCUUUUGCCUUACAAAAGCCUACAGUUGUAAUAUGCAAGGACUGUGGCCUCUCAAUAAAAUAACUGUACAAAUAUA